AUGCUGCCUUGGCUCCUGCUGUUGAUCUGUGGGUCCUCUUCAUUAUCUUGUGUUCCCACAGGAAUCCCUGUCUCUGAUGUGAGCUUGGAGACACGGCCCACUGGGGGAUGGGUGAUGGAGGGAAACAAACUGGUCCUCAUCUGCUCAGUUGUUAACGCCACUGGAAACAUAACGUAUCUCUGGUACAGAGGGGCACUGGGUUCAAACCUGGAAACAAAGACACAGCAUUCACUGUCAGCAGAGUUUGAGAUCACUGAAGUGAAGAGAAGAGAUGCUGAGCAGUAUUACUGUGCAGCUGACAAUGGCUACGGCCCUGUUCUCAGCGAGCUGGUGAGCAUCACUGUCCGAGUUCCAGUGUCUCGUCCUGUCCUUACCUCUGGGGACUCUGGAAUCCAGGCUGUCCUGGGAGACCUGGUGGAGCUUCACUGUGAAGCCCUGAGAGGCUCUCCCCCAAUCUUCUACCAGUUCUAUCACGAGAAUGUCAUUCUGGGGAACAGCUCAGCUCCCUCUGGAGGAGGAGCAUCCUUCAACUUGUCCCUGACUGCAGAAAAUUCUGGAAACUACUACUGUGAGGCCAACAAUGGCCAGGGUGCCCAACGCAGUGAGGUGGUGACUCUCAACAUACCAGGUCUCUCCUCAGUGCCCAUUGAGUCUGGAAGCAAUCUCACCUCAGGAAUCACUGCGUGGCUGCUUGGCUGUCUUGGCCUCAUCACCAUGGCCCUAAUAUUUUGCUACUGGAUCAAGAGAAAAAUAGGAAGACAGUCAGAUGAUCCACUCAGGAGCCCUCCUAUGCCUGUGCUCCAAGAAUCCAGCUACCUCAACUCACCUGGCCCAGAGCAGAUACAGUCUGUGUAUGAGAACGUGAAUGUUGUACGAAGUGAUGAAAUUUACUCACUGGUGUACCAUAUCCAACAGGAACUAGAACCAGCAGCAGCCCAGCACAUGAAGACACAUGGGGCAAGUGAGGUAAGCAGGGUCUUCUCUGAAAUCUAUUCUAAGCCAAGGAAGGAAGACAUUACAGAUAUGGACUAUGAAGACACUAUAUAA